UCUCUUCCUCUUUGACUGUAAUAAUUGAUGAAAUGUUUGUAAAUAAUGGCUUGGUAGAGGUUUUCAAUGCUACUGAAUUGAAUUAUGCUGUUCACAAGGCGAAUAAAGGUGGUCUUGAGUCUUUGAGAAGUGUGUGUGGUGUGUUCACUGACGCAGAGGAGCAGCUGGUUCCUGGGCGGAGUCACAUCUGUGUACCCGCCACUUCCUUAUGUUUCUACCGCCAAACUUUAAACGGGGAGCAAAGACUCAGCUGCUGCACAAGCUGAUUAUUAAAAGGCGACUUCUUUUGACUACAUAAAAAUGUCUUUAACUCCAAAAAGACCCCGAUCCGGUGCGAUGAACGAUUCCAUGGAGAAAAGGAUAAAGCGCAUUUCAAUUGAGGGAAAUAUCGCGGCGGGCAAGUCCACAUUUGUGCGCCUUUUGGAGCAGGAGAGUGCAGACUGGGAAGUGGUGCCAGAGCCCAUCGCCAGGUGGUGCAAUGUUCAAACAAAUGGCAGUGACUUUGAGGAGCUGACCACAUCUCAGAGGAGUGGAGGCAACGUGCUGCAGAUGAUGUAUGAAAAGCCAGAGAGGUGGGCCUACACCUUCCAGAGCUAUGCCUGCAUCAGCCGGGUACGAGCCCAGAUCCGGUCUGCCAACGGGAAGCUCAGAGACGCCGAGGAUCCGGUGCAGUUCUUUGAGCGCUCCAUCUACAGUGACAGGUACAUUUUUGCCUCCAACCUCUACGAGAGCGAGUGUCUGAAUGAAACGGAAUGGUCUGUGUACCAGGACUGGCAUGGCUGGCUCCACAGCCAGUUCGGCAAACACAUCGAACUUGACGGCAUCAUCUACCUCAGAGCUUCACCAGAGAAAUGUUUAGAACGACUGCACCUAAGAGGCAGACAGGAAGAGCAAGACAUCCCUCUGGAGUAUCUGGAGAAGCUCCACUUUAAGCACGAGAGCUGGCUGCAGCACAAGACGAUGAACAUGGAGUUUGAGUAUCUCGGUGACGUCCCAGUCAUGACAAUAGAUGUAAAUGACGAGUUCAAGGACAAUAAAAACAAGUGUGCUGACAUGAUUGAGAAGGUGAAAGAGUUCCUGACCACGUUGUGAAGAUACCAAGUGGAGGAAAAUACCAACGGUGACCAAACAAAUCAUAGAAAUGAAUGGAGUUUAACUCUGAAACAAUGAAAUGCCUUCAAGUGCAGCUGAAGUACUUACUCUGAGUGGUUUUCUGAAAACAAUCUAGCCUGUAGCUUCUUUAUAAUCAUUUUAUUGCCAGCGCUUUUACUUGUUUAUUUAUGUAUUUGUGUGAAUGAGGAUAAGAAUGCAUGUCAACUGGUGUUAACAAAUGACAAUAAAUGGGAAAAACUUGUUUA